UUGCCACCGAGGUCCUCCCAAUUUCUUCAUCUGUUCCCCUUCCGACCUCCUACCCAAAAAUGUCUAAGCUUGUCAGCUUCCCCACGUCGCUCCCUUCGAAUCCCAUCCCCAACGAUACCAACGCUGCUGAAGUUGUUGCUUCCUUUGUAUCGCGGCUAGUGAAUCUGGAGCCACAGGACUUCAAAAAUGAUGCCGUAUGGCGAGAUACAUUUGCCUUGACAGGCACGUCGCGAACAUUCUACACGUCAUCCACUAUCACUGCAGCAUGGCACGAAACAACGAAAAGAUCUAAAGCGGGUUCCUUCAUUGUCGAUGACAAGGGAACAUGCACCAUUCGCUCGCCAUUUGGACCUCAUUGGAUCCAAUCACGAUUCUCCUUCGAAACGGAUGCUGUUCCUCAAACAAUUUGCACUGGGCUCAUAACUCUAGUCUUGACCGCAGACAGCGAGUGGCGAAUUUGGACUUUGAGAACUAUUCUUGAGCAACUGAAAGGGCAACCAAAUGUCGAUAUUUUAGUGAGUGUGAAUGGGACAACGAAAUUAACCAAUGGCUACAGUGAAGAGUGCCACUUUGAUUGCAUUGUCAUAGGUGGCGGCCAGGCUGGACUGAGUCAAGGUGGGAGGCUGAAAGCGUUGGGGAUAUCUUAUGUGGUGUUAGAUAAGUAUCAAGAGGUUGGCGAUAAUUGGAAGCUGAGAUAUGGGUCUGCGAGAUUACACACCCCUCGAGAAUAUUCCCAUCUUCCAUUUGAACGAACAUUCGGUCCAAAAUACCAAGAAUGGCUUACCAAAGAUGAUUUGGCAGAAGGGUUCCGACAAUGGGCUGCAAAAUAUGACCUUAAUAUCUGGACUAGAACUACUGUUCUAUUUGGAAGUUGGGAUUCCAACCGAAAGAAAUGGACACUUCGAAUCAAACGAGAAGGAGAAGACGAACAAUCUAUAACUAGCUCCUUCAUUGUCCUUGCAGGUGGCGCUGGAGGCCAGAUUCCAAAAAUGCCCGAAUUUCCGGAUCGACAAAAAUUCGAGGGUCUUGUCCUCCACUCGGCGGAAUACAAAGACGCCACCGACUGGAAAGGAAAACGUGGAGUCGUAGUCGGGACAGCCAACACUGGUCAUGAUGUAGUAGACGAUAUGGUGGAAGCAGGGUUAUCAUCCGUCACUAUGAUUCAAAGAGGAAGAACAUAUAUACUCCCUGCAGAAUACUACAAGAAGACAGCCGACGUAUUUUAUAACGCCACAGUCCCCACCGAAUUAGGCGACAGAGAGUCCCUCACACAGCCUAUGGCCAUAGUGGACUUGCUUUCACAAUGCACCUUGCACUCUAUGGCUGACGCCGAACGGCAGCGAUUUGAUAACCUCGAAGCGGCUGGAUUUAAAUUGGAUCGUUACGGAAGCAUCAUGCAUCAUUUGUACAACCGGAUGGGUGGGCAUUAUAUCGACGUUGGCACUUCGGCGAAAAUUUCAAAAAGGUUGAUCAAAAUCAAAACCUCGACACCAACCAGUUACACGGAAGCAGGAAUUCUGUUUGAUGAUGGGACAGAAUUAGAUGCGGAUGUUAUUGUUUUCGCUACCGGGUUUGAAGGGAACAUGAGGUAUCUUGUGAGAGAUAUUUUUGGGGAAGAGAUCGCAGAGCAAAUGGGUGAUUUUUGGGGGCUAGACGAAGAAGGUGAGAUAAAGGGGGCUUGGAAGGGCACUGGCCAUCCCGCAAUGUGGUAUCAUGGUGGAACGAUAGGGCAGCAGAGGUUUUACUCAAGGUUCAUUGCCCUUCAGAUCAAGGCGAAGAUGAUGGGGUUGCCCUUGGUGGUUUACGAUAAGACACCGUAAUAAACUUACGCAAAUGGAGGUACAGUUGGGCUGAAUUUCAAAAGUGAUGCGGCUUGUAUCAGAACUCAAAGCUCCAAGCCCUCUGGAAUAGCCUGG